UACACAAUAAUGGCGCACAUACCGGCAACAUCGCUAGGAAAUAAGAACAAGAAGCAUUUUCUCGGUGUUCCGGCUCCGCUCGGCUACGUAGCAGGCGUUGGACGAGGUGCCACCGGAUUCACUACACGAUCUGAUAUUGGUCCGGCCCGUGAUGCAAAUGAUGUUUCGGAUGACCGACAUGCGCCACCAGCAGCCAAGCGCAAAAAGAAGGAAGAGGAGGAGGAGGAUGAUGAAGAUUUGAACGAUUCCAACUACGACGAGUUCAGCGGGUACAGUGGUUCACUGUUCUCGAAAGACCCGUACGAUAAGGAUGAUGCCGAAGCGGAUGCCAUCUACGAGAGCAUCGACAAGCGAAUGGACGAGAAGCGAAAGGAGUACCGCGAGAAGCGUUUGAAGGAAGAUUUGGAACGCUACCGCCAGGAGCGCCCAAAGAUUCAGCAGCAGUUUUCCGAUCUGAAGCGAAAUCUGAUCGCUGUCUCGGAAGAGGAGUGGUCCAAUCUGCCGGAGGUUGGCGACAGCCGCAACAAAAAGCAGCGUAAUCCGCGGGCUGAAAAAUUCACCCCGCUUCCGGAUAGCGUGUUGUCACGCAAUCUUGGCGGUGAGGCGACCACGGCCAUCGAUGGACGGUCCGGGUUAGCUUCCAUGAUACCGGGAGUGGCCACACCGGGCAUGCUGACUCCCAGCGGUGAUCUUGAUCUGCGUAAAAUCGGUCAAGCGCGUAACACGUUGAUGAACGUGAAGCUAUCGCAGGUAUCGGAUUCCGUCACCGGUCAGACGGUGGUCGAUCCGAAGGGUUAUCUAACGGAUCUACAAAGCAUGAUUCCCACGUACGGUGGUGACAUCAACGACAUCAAAAAGGCGCGCAUGCUGCUGAAGAGUGUGCGCGAAACCAAUCCGUAUCAUCCGCCGGCAUGGAUCGCCUCGGCCCGUUUGGAGGAAGUAACCGGAAAGCUGCAAAUGGCUCGCAAUCUUAUCAUGCGCGGUUGUGAGCAAAAUCCGCAGAGCGAAGAUCUGUGGCUGGAGGCGGCCCGUCUACAGCCCCCGGACACGGCCAAAGGUGUGAUCGCGCAGGCCGCCCGACGUAUUCCGACUUCGGUGCGUAUCUGGAUUAAGGCGGCCGAUCUCGAGACCGAAGCUAAGGCGAAGCGUCGUGUAUUUCGCAAAGCCCUUGAGCACAUUCCAAACUCGGUGCGCCUGUGGAAAGCGGCGGUCGAAAUGGAAAAUCCGGAAGAUGCUAAAAUUCUGCUGUCCCGCGCCGUCGAGUGUUGUGGCACCAGCGUCGAACUGUGGCUGGCUCUGGCUCGGUUGGAAACGUACGAAAAUGCCCGUAAGGUACUGAACAAGGCGCGUGAAAAGAUCCCCACUGAUCGUCAGAUUUGGACAACGGCUGCUAAGCUGGAGGAAGCAAACGGUAAUAUCCACAUGGUGGAGAAGAUCAUCGAUCGAGCACUGUCUUCGUUGGGCGCAAACGGUGUAGAGAUCAAUCGCGACCAGUGGCUACAGGAAGCGAUCGAGGCGGAGAAAUCGGGAGCGAUUCGCUGCUGCCAAGCGAUCGUACGUGCCGUCAUUGCGAUCGGCAUCGAUGAUGAAGACCGCAAACAAUCGUGGAUUGACGAUGCGGAGAAUUGCGCCAAAGAGGGCGCGUUCGAAUGCGCCCGAGCGGUGUAUGGAUUCGCAUUGACCGAGUUCCCAUCCAAGAAGAGCAUCUGGUUGCGUGCGGCGUACUUUGAGAAGAAUCACGGAACGCGCGAAAGUCUUGAGGCAUUGCUGCAAAAUGCCGUGGCCCACUGUCCGCAGUCGGAGGUACUGUGGUUGAUGGGAGCCAAAUCGAAGUGGUUGGCCGGAGAUGUACCAGCCGCUCGGGGUAUCCUCUCGUUUGCUUUCCAGGCCAAUCCCAACUCCGAGGACAUUUGGUUGGCGGCGGUGAAGCUCGAGUCGGAGAACGCCGAAUAUGAGCGUGCUCGGCGGCUGUUGGCAAAGGCACGGGCUUCCGCUCCGACACCACGGGUCAUGAUGAAAUCGGCCAAGCUCGAGUGGGCUCUCAAUGAUCUCGAGGAGGCACUUGGACUGCUCGAGGAUGCCGUCAAGGUAUUUCCGGACUUUGCCAAGUUGUGGAUGAUGAAAGGACAGAUCGAGGAGCAAAAGCAGUUGCUGGAACGCGCAGCUGAAUCGUACAAUGCUGGACUGAAGAAGUGUCCCAAUUCAAUACCACUCUGGUUGCUGCUGGCUGCGCUCGAAGAGAAGCGGCAACUGCUGACGAAGGCGCGUUCGGUCCUCGAACGCGGUCGAUUGAAGAACCCAAAAAAUCCACUACUCUGGUUAGCGGCCAUACGCAUCGAAAUUCGCGCCGGCAUGAAGGACAUGGCACACACACUGAUGGCUCGUGCGCUCCAGGAUUGCCCGAAUGCUGGUGAACUGUGGGCGGAAUCGAUCUUUCUCGAAGCGCGUCCACAAAGGAAAACCAAAUCGGUUGAUGCGUUGAAGAAGUGUGAACACGAUCCACAUGUGCUGUUGGCCGUUUCGAAGCUCUUCUGGAGUGAACGUAAGCUCCAAAAAUGUCGUGACUGGUUCAAUCGAACGAUAAAAAUUGAUCCAGAUUUUGGUGAUGCUUGGGCAUACUUUUACAAGUUCGAACAGCAGCACGGAACAGAACAGCAGCAGAACGAGCUGAUCGAGCGAUGCAACGUGGCGGAACCGAAGCAUGGGGAAGAGUGGUGCAAGGUCAGCAAGGACAUCGCUAACUGGUGUUUCAAGACAGAUGAUGUGCUGAAGGCGGUCGUCCGUGAUCUACCCACACCGAUUUAAAUCGGGAAUGAUAGGAUAACUUUGCCCUUUAUAA